AUGAGCUGGAUGGUAUUUGAGGACUACCUACGCAGACCUUCAAUCGGAAGCAGAGAAUGGCCUGGGAGUGGAGACAAUAUCGUUGUUUCUUCUGAUACCUUCUGCCACCCAAGAAGAACUCUAGAUCAGUUCUAUUACCCGGCGCUUGACGACACAAGCAUCAGGGACGCCGAUCAGACUGUCUCGAAAUGGAGCGGCAGGGACGUCGACAAAGAUGGCAAGCCUAAAGCUACACCCGACAGCUUGCUGGUCAUGGCGGCAUACCAGACAACAUACUUUCAGGAUUUUCACGAAGGCUACGCUACCGGAGAAUCAAGCUCUAAAGUCUAUGACGGACACAAUGAGUUGCAGGGCGUGCUUGAAGUGGCCGAUAUCAUCGACGAGCUGAAAAUGAUCAGGCAUCUCCUCCAGACCCAGCUCGACAUCCUGAAGCCAAUGGUGUCGGCCUUGACAAGGCUCAACCCAUCGCUCGGGAGGACAACUGAACAUCAGAAUAACUCCAUGAACAUCCAAGUUGAUGCGGAUAGCAUAACUGGGCCCAUGACAAUCAUGGCUAGUGUCGGAGGGACUUUAAACACCGAACAACUCGAGACCACGAACGUCGUAGCACAAAGCAUAAAUGGCCAGUCCAAAGAAAACGUCAUUAUGAUGGACAAGACGCUUUUGGCGGUCCUUGUAGGGUUAGAAGGCAUUAGCAAGGAGGCUGAGCAUACUCAUAGAUUGUUGCUCGAUCUGCUCGAUUUAAAAUCGAAGACGGCAAUGUUGGUCGAAGCUCGAUCGUCGACUAAGCAAGGCCAAGCCGUGAUGCUGUUCACCAUCGUCACAGUCAUAUUCGUAAGAUCUUCUUCCAACCCGUGCAACGCCAACAUCCCUGACAUCGAGACUCAACAGCUACCGCUCUCAUUCUUCACAUCAUACUUUGGCCAGAACGUCUCAGAGAUCACGGGGGACGCGCGGAAUCCAACCACCUGGGGUCUCUGGCGGAUAGCGAGUCAGUUUACCCACUGA